CGUAAUUCAAAAUGGCGUCCAAGUAAGAUUAUCGAGUCAUCAAAACUAACGAUUUUGAUCUCUUUUUUCGGAAAACUACUUUGAUCACGAUGUUUUGGGGUUAGUAUAUACGUAUAUACGUAUUAUAGCAAAGUAGCAAAAUAACAAUCUGCAGCAAAUCAAAGGAGUACAUUCGACUGUUUUAGACGGUCGGACGUGCGCACGUAUCAGUAACUUGCUCGAUAAUUGUCUGUGUACUGGAAACACGCUGCUAGCAGAAUUCGGUAAAAAGCUUACGCAAGCUUACAUGUUGUACAUCUCAUGACAGUGAAAAUUUGAAAACUAGGUAUAAAUUGUAUAGGCAUUUUAAGACGUAACUUUUUUUAAUUUGAUAGGAUUGUUUACAAUGUACGUUGCAUGCACGUGGGAGUCCAUGCUUUCCGUAUUUUAGGUGAAUCCCUGGAAGUCAUUCAACAUAGAUUCCUCGAAAUUCACUUUUUUCAUCAAACAAUUUCGAGUGUCAGGCCAUCCAGGUCGGGAGGGGAGCUGUUACCCAAGUUAUUUACACAAUGGCGUUUACAAAUCCCCAGCAACCAAGAACAAUAUUUCUCUACAAAAAGCUACCAUUGCCCCACCCCCUGGAGUGAAAAACUCCUUCACACAAAUGACUUAUGCAUCUUUUCAGACAUUCUAUGCAUCAAAGACGCUGCUGGACCCGCAAGUAGAUGGGUCGCUGAGUGAGGAUGAUAGUAUUUUUAUAGUAUCUUUAGAAGUGCACCAUUAAACCUCUUUGGUAGUGUUAUCAUUUUUUGUCAUUAUUUUGUAAAACUAAGUAAUGAAUCCUUUUGAAGUAUUUUCUGACUUUGACCACAUUUGUGUUUUAGGGGUGACUCUUGAUUCUGGAAAGCGAUACACUCAAACAGUGGAGAAAUCAUUCCAUUUGUCAAUGGCUGCUCUAGGCUUUCAAAACUGUUCAUCUUUGCCAGUUACUGUGAUGGUUGAAGUUGACAAAGCUCAAUUUGCGCUGUGUACACUGCAACCUGGAAAAAUUCCACAGCAGCCGUUAGAAUAUUGUUUCACUGAAGGAGAGGAGAUAACUUUCUUCAUGGAAGGACCCGGGGAUGUUCAUUUAACAGGUUUAUAAGAUUACUGUAAACACCAGGAUAUGAACCACAGCCUGAGUUUAGAAAUAUAUACAGCUAUUUCGAGAAGGGUUGUCGGAUAAAGUGUGCAUGCAACAAUCCCGAAAGGUACGUAAUGUGGGACAUGAUCAAUACACUGUUCCUGACUCUGUAGCUGUUGAACUUACUUUUGUUGCUUUCCUUUAGCAAUCGCAAACAUACGUCCAUGGCCUCUCGUACCAUUCUUGCAAAUUUCUUUGAAGAACAGUGAACUCAAAACCGCCCCAAUACCUUUCCGGAUUGUCCUGUGUACUUUUUCAGACAACCUUUCUUGAAAUAGCCGUAUAUAUGUAAAUUAUUUGGAAAACAUUCUCCCCUUACAUCAAGAGCCAAGUUGCUCGUGACUUAAUAUUAUGUCAGCUGUUAAUAGGAAUACAAGUAUAUUGUAAAGUUAUGCUCCAGCAGCAACCAUCAGUGGCCAUCCAAUUACCAACUUUCAACAAUUUUAUGAUUCAGUUUUUGAGGAAAUAUUAAUUUUAUAUACUGUAUAUGCACGACUUUUUUUUCAAAACUCUUUGUGAAAGGCUAAAAAACCUCCAAAUGAUCAAGGGGAAUAAAAAAAUGUUUCUUCAAGCAGUAAUAAGGUGGACACUGCUAUCCUAGACUUUCCAAGUAUCUCCCUACACAAUAAUGACCUUUCUGAUGGUAGGACUUUGUCAUCAAGAAGUGAUUUUAAAUGGUGUAGUUUGCUUUGAUAUUUCUAUAGUCACUGAAACGAAAUUUCUUUAGUAUAUAGAACCAGAACACUUGGCCCUCCUUAAUACUAUUAUUUUCAUUUAACGAAUUGCCAUGAAGGUCCUCAGCAGUAGGCAUUUAUCACAUGAGCAUUAAUUUUCUUGCUUGAGGUUGAUCGGUUAAUUUGGUUUUGUUUUGGGGGUGAUCAUUAUUCUGGGAAAUACACGGUUUUCUCUCAAGUUGUUCUAGCAGAUAAGCUUCACCCCCAGUUUUGAAAAAAUUUUGUGAUCAAAAUGUGCAACUUAGCCAUCAGUGUUCAUGCUACUUUAUUUUAAUACAUUUUGCAAAUUAAGAGGAUGGCUUGAUGCUGCUGUUCAGGCUGUUGCUGACACAAGUAAACAAAAAUUAGUAUAUUAAAAUAGGUGAUCUGAAUGCCUAAUUUUAAUCUGAGGUUAUAUUAAAAUCUUAGGUGUCUUGAUAGCAGGGUUGCUUAAAACCCCUAGACCCAAAACUUGGAAACAAAAAUCUUUCCCCAAGUUUUGGAUCCCUUAGUUUUUAGUCUUUUUGCAAGACCUUUCUGGACAGGGUAACUCCCACACCCACAUUGUCAUCACACUGCUCUUUGCAUAUUUCUGAUAAGAUCCCAGAAUCCCUACCUUCUAAGUCUCAUUAAUUCAGUGACAUUUCUUUCUGGCUAGGCUAUUUGAUGGAUGAGCCAAAUGCUCUGGAAUUUGAAGAAGAUGAAGAAGAGUUAUCUGGUGAGAGUGAAGAAUCAGAAACAGCUUCAGCAGGUAGUGAUUCUGAAGAUGAAGAUGAGUCUUCCAGUGAUGAAAUCACUCUUAGCCAGUUACUUCAAAGUGGCGACAUUGAAAAUGAUAAUGAGGACAAUGAGGAAGAAGAUGAGGAGAGUGGUGAUGAUGACUGGGAUCCGUCAAAAGACAACCCAAAACGGAAAAAAAGAAAUAAAAAAGACAAAAAGAAAAAGAACUCAAAGAAAGACCAUUCAGAAAGACAGGAUGAGAGUAUGAACGAAGAAGAAACUGAAAGUGAUCACAAACUACUAAUAAGCAGUUUUGAUGAUGACAAUAAUGAUAAUGAUGAUGAUGAUGGUGAGGAUGAUGAUGACAAAGAAUGGAGUCCAGACAAGAAAGUAAAUUCAGAUUCAAAAGCUGUUAAAAUGAAAGUUACAAAGCAACAGAAGAGGAAAUUGAAGAGAAGAGAAAAUGAAACAGUUGAAAAUGGAGAAACACAACCUCAAAAACUGACAAAGAAAGCCAAGAAAAAAUUACGUGGAAAAGAAAAGGCAGAGAAUGUAAAUAGUUUGGAUAGUAAUAAGCAAAGUCAGAACAGUGCUUCCAGUCCAGUAAAGCCAAUUGACUCUCUUACAAAUUCCAGUGAUAAACAGCUUGGAAACAAGCAAGGUAGCCCCACAAAAAACAGCAAUCAAUCACAAGCCACUGAGGUACAAUGGUUUACAUGUAUAAAAUAAUAAUUUAGCUUAAUUGCUGAUAUACUUUGGGGUCUAUUUCUUGAAAGGCCUGGUAACUUUUUGGCCCGUAGGCAAAUUUUAAAAUCACAACCCAUUGAAUAGUGGUGCAGUUCCUAGCUAACAAAUCAUUCAAUUUCGCUUUGUUAACUGAUAAUGUUAUUACAUCAUUUUCACUUUUAUUGAAACUUUUAUCUUGAAUGCAAAUACUGCAAACAUAAAACAGGUUUCUGGGCCCUAAAAGUUAGCAGGACUUUUGAGAAAUGGGUCCUAGGCCCGUUUGCUGAAACUUUAGAUAGUGCUGUCCACUAAGUAACUGUAACAGUUACCUUAAAGUGUCAGUAUUUUCCUUUCCAUAACAUAAAAAAAUAACAUUAAUGUUUGCAUUUCGGCAUUACCAAUACCAAAAAUCAAUAUAAACUGUAUUGUUUCUGGGCGAAUGUGGCACAUCUUCAGAAGAGGUGUUUAUUAUGUUUUUUUCUCUCAUGUGCGGUGCUUAUUGAGAGACUUACUUAAAGGUGUGGGGGGUUCUUUAAAUAUAUUCAUGUACUAAGUACAGUUAUGUUUGUGUGCAAGUUUUCUGACUUGUGAACAUGAAAUAAGCUUAGCAAUAAUUAUUUGUUGAAAAUGACAGACAACGAAAAGAAAACUACCAGGUGGAACUGUUGUGGAAGAUCUUAAAAGAGGGCAAGGACAAACAGCCAAGAAAGGACAAACAGUAAGCUUAACUUCUUUGAAUUUGUGUAACUCAUUAGCACGACAAUCACCCAUAUCUGUCUGUGUUGUGCACACACUGCAUCUCUCGUACCGAUUUCUGUGACAAAAUUCUUUAAUGUAAUUAACUUCCAUGCUUUAAUAAUUUAUGUAGGGGAAAUAGAUAUUAUUUUUUAGUCAUACUGUGAUGUUUGCAACUAUAAAUCACAUAAUUUCCUGCAUAACUGAGAGUUAGGAUGAAAGCUGUGUCCCAAUCAGGGCUCGAGAAAAGUCCCGUCUGAUAGUCUGGGAAGAGUAAAUUUUCUUGCCGGGUAAAAGGUCAAUGGGUGAAGGUCAAGGCAAUUCAUCCUCUAACAAAGUUAUUAACUAAAAUGAGCAAGAAGUAGUCCAAGGCAAGCAAAAUGUGAAAGCUGCUUGCCCAAAGGAUAAGCUGGAUGUGUUUUCAAACACAGCCAAUGUCCAUCUGUACUUUGCUUGCAAUGUCACUUUAAAAUAUCCAAACCUUACAAGUUCACCAUCUGUACAUACCUAAACUUAGAAAACAAAUUCUGAUUUCACUUGGAAGAACAAUUUCCCAGAGUGCUCAACUUUACAGGAACGAUAACCAUAAAACAAAUAUUUUUCACUGGAAAAGAAGUGUUGGUUCAAAAUUACUUGACUAGAAAACAAUGUUCGGUUGGGUAAUGGCAAGAAAACAGCUUUACUAACUUCAAAUGGCAUCUUUUUCGACAAAUCUCUAUGGGUGGAUGGCUGGUUAAUAUUGCUCAAUGCAGCAAGGUUAUUAAUUUUUUAUAAUGCGACCUUAGUGUAUCUCCAUUGAAAAUUCCUGAUAUUAAUGUUGUUUAUAACUUUUUAUUCAUCUCUAACUUUUCAAGUAAGUUUAAAACUCACUUCUCAAACUCAUUAAUAAUUCAUAAAGAAAAUUCAAAGGAAAUUAAUGUUUAAUGAGUGUUUGGAUAUCGGAUGAAAAACUGCUCAUUUUUGCAUCCUUAAUUUCUCCUUCAAAAAUGAUUUUGUUUUCAGUGUUUCAUCACCAGAUGAAACACCUCGAAGUUCGUCAAAAAUACUCCGCUACGCGUCGUAUUUUCAACUCUCUUCUCGGUGUUUCAUCUGGUGAUGAAACACUGCGUCUCAUGUUUGAUAUAUUACUUGAAAUCCCCAUUGAUUUGCAACAGUUAAAUAUCAUAAUGGUUUUACCUGCAUUUCCAUUUACUUUCUUACUAUAAAUGCCCCGUGUAAGCAUGUCCUUGGUUUAAUGGACAGUUACUUUUAUUCCGCGAUCCUUGACCAGUGACUGUCCUGACAAGCGUGAUCCAUUUGAAAAAAAGGGUGGGGUAGGGGGACGGGGUUGCAAGGGGCCAUGGGAGAUAGAGAGGUUUUUAAGGAGGGUGCACACUUUAGUUUUCAUAAUCAUUCUGGAAACCUUGUACAUUAUAAUGCCUAUUCUUGACUUUUACUACAGGUUCAUGUGUACUAUAAGGGUAAUUUAGCCAAGAACAAGAAACAAUUUGAUUCUUGUUUAAGCGGACGUCCAUUUUCAUUCAGACUUGGAGCAGGGGAGGUUAUUAGAGGCUGGGAUCUAGGUGUAGCUGGUGAGUUUCUAUUUUAGAAUUAUAUUGGUGUUGGAAAUCAUUAAUUUAAUGGAAAGCUGUUUUUGUAGCUGAUUUGAGUUUGUUCCAUGCUUUAAAUACUACUUAUUAACUGAGAGUGAGGUCAUUACAGGGAAAUCUUAGAUCAAGGCCUUAAUUGUUGUAUUGACCAAGCGAUAGCGAGGUCAAUACGUCAAGGCCGAGGUCUGAGAUCUAGGUCAAUGUGAGGGAGAGGUCUUACAGGUAGUUUUGCUAAUUUAGCUAUGACAGAGAUUCCAACCCCUUUUUAAGGAAAAUAGGGAGUACUUUUUAGCGCCUAAGGUCUGGGGUUAUACCCCACCAGGAAAUUUGGCAAAUUUAAUUUCUCUCAAGCAGUAUUUCCUGCAUUUUCUACUUGACACUGCAAUGUUUUUCAAUGGAGAGACUGAGUGAGACAUUAUAGGAUAGGAAAGUGUAAUAUGAAACAUUUUAUGCUCAGAUUGCACAAAAAUACUCAAGAUAAGCAAUUUUUUCCUGUUCAGAAUUUCAUGAUAAGUCAGGAGAAUCUGCAAAAAUUGGGAGAGCGGGAGGUAACACAUUAAAUCAGGAGACUCCUGAGCAAAUUGGGAGGGUUGGAAUCUCUGCCAUGGGAUUUGGCACUUAUUCAAGGAAUUGUCAUAAGAUGAUAAGAUAAUAUUAGGUUCCCCUUCAUCCUCCUUCAUGCUAUCUACAACCCUGGUGGGGUUGGUGUGCACACCUUUGUAAGCCACAGCUACAUGUAGAAACUGCCAAACUAUACUAUAAGUUCAUGCAUAGAUUUUUUUCACACUUUGUUCAACCUUGUUUACAGGAAUGCAGGUUGGAGGCAAAAGACGACUUACAGUGCCCCCCUCACAAGGGUAAGUUAUCAGUACGGUGAAACUUUGAUGUAACGAACCUCUGUAUAACAAAGUCCUGGGUAUAACAAAUGAUUUUCUUUACCCCAGUAAUAGUAAUAUAUAUGAAAAAUAACCUCAGUAUAAAGAAACCUCGUUAUAGUGAACAAAUUUUGCCAGUCUCUUGGCCCUUCGUUAUAUCGAGGUACCACUGUUAGUAGUAACUGUGCACAUGUAGCUUGCAUGAGUACUGUAAAUUAAUGGUAUUAUACUUGGUGCGUAUAUUUAAUUUCAGGGGUCUAAGGGUGGGGUUAAAAUAGAAAGGACGUGUUUAUUCUCAUAACAUCAGGCAUAGUUCUACCUGAUAAAACUUGUUUUGUGUUUGUUUGAACAUUAAAUGCAUUCCAGUCAUAGAAUAAGGGAAAAGAAUUUGUGGGGUUUUGUUGGAAGCUCUAGAGAUUUUUUUGGUUUUUCAUUUUUUUGCCCCCUAACAAUCAUCCCUUUUUUAGGGGAAGAAUUUUCAUUAGCCCUCCUCCUCCUUUUUUAAACUUCACUAACAAAAAAUAAUAAAUGGUAAUUAAUCACAACUCUCACACGUCAUGUGGACUGAUCAGGAGUGGUUAAUUUACAUGUUGGAGGUUUCAAAGGCAUCUUUUAAGUUUAAGCCCUGAAUACAUAUCUAGGCUAUUCACUUUUCGAAAUUGUAAUAGGGAUCUGCGGGGCAUAGAUAUCCUAACUGCGCCAAGAGUUAACACCACCACAUAUGGGCUUCAUUCUCUCUCUUAUCAUGGUUGUAAGCUAUGGUAUUCCCUUCCUAACAAUAUUAGAGCUAUUCCAGAGUUAAGUAAAUUUAAAUUGGCCAUUUCUGAUCUCAAAUUUGAUGCUGACUGCUGCACCUUUUGUAGUUAAUCUUAUCAAAUGUUAUUUUUAGUUACUCAGUUGACCAAUUUUUUUUUCAUAUUCUGUGCUGUUACUAUUAAUAUCUAUUUUUUAUUUUCAUUUAUUAUUUAAUAUUAAUUUAAUAUAUAGAGGAUAUUACACGGUGGCGCAAAGAUAUGAAUUUUAUUUUCGAGUGGCAAAACAAUAUUUUACGAACAAGCGUAGCAAGUGAGUAAAAUAUUGUUUUUGCCACGAGAAACUAAACUUCAUAUCUUCAAGCCACCGCGUAAUGUUCUUUUUAUUAUAUAGACAAAAAGACAUUGAUAAAAUAAUAGAGGGAAAUUACCGAAAUUACGUCAUCAAUAAACUCACGUGUGAGAUUAUGGAAAAUAAACCACUCGGGUCCUGGAUGUAGUCUUUAUGAAUUUUACAAGUGGUAUAUUUUCCAGUAAAACACUCGUGUCUCUUUAGUAAUAAAUAAUAAAUUAAAAUGAAAAAUAGAUAUUAAUAGUAAUAGUACAAAAUAUGGAUAAAGUAAUAUUAUUGAUCAACUGACUGAUUAAGAUAAAAUUUGGUAAGAUUAACUACAAAAGGUGCAGCAGUCAGCAUCAAAUUUAAAAUCAGAAUUUUGUAAUAUUUAUGUUUAUUUAUUUGUUUUUGCUAUUUAUCCUCAGAGAUAUUUAUCUUAUUGCUAUCUUUCAAUUCCAGAAUAAAUAAAGAUUAGUGAUUGAUUAUCUCAAGCUCACAUUACGUAGGGUGGAAAUUGCAUUCUACCCUCAUAAUGUGAGCUUGGGACGCCUGUGGAAGUUCAGAUUUGUUUUUGAUUUUCAGCUUAUAAUGACCUUCAACUUCUCAUAAAGAGCUUGUUCACUUUGCAUUCUAGCUUUUAGGAAAAAUGAUACCAUCACCUGGGCUGAAUUUGUUAAGCCCCUCCUCUCAAAUAAGCCCGUGAUCCCUUUCAACACCCGCCCUCCUGCCUCAAACCUGCUCGAAAUAGAUAGGCCUAGAGGGGGACGUUAAUAUAGGAUCUACAGUACUCACUAGUUCAAUAAUAUUCUUUUCAUUCUUCAUAGGUACGGAAAUAAGAAGAUGGGACCAAUUCCACCAAACAGUACAUUAGAAUUUGAGAUACAGCUGAUUAAACUUCAAUAGUAACACCAUAAUUAAGUCAGCUAGACUGUUAUUUUAAGAAAUUAGCUACAAUGAGCAGAACUAAUGUCAAAAGAAGCAAUGAGAAAGAGCUGCUAGUUUUUGCAUAUCACCAACGUUUUGUUUACAGUCCUGCCCAACUGGUUUGACAAUAGGAAACCUUGUUGGUACAUAAUAUUUCAGAAUUGCUUUUAUGUGGCAUUAAAAACUUGUUUUAGCCAUAUUAUUAUUAUAUUUAUCAAAAUAAAAAAAGCUAUUUCCACUUCUUUUAAAUCAAGGAUUUUUUCAUACAUGACAGGAUAGACUUUCAGUUGUGUAAACUUCAAAUUUUUAUGGUCAAUAAAGUUUAAUUUUAAGGAG